AUGUCGCUCAUGGUCGUCAGCAUGGCGUGUGUUGGGUUCUUCUUGCUGCAGGGGGCCUGGCCACAUGAGGGUGGUCAGGACAAGCCCUUGCUGUCUGCCUGGCCCAGCCCUGUGGUGCCUCCAGGACAUGUGAUUCUUCGGUGUCAUUCUUAUCUUGGGUUUAACAACUUCAGUGUGUACAAGGAAGAUGGGGUGCCCGGCACUGAGCUCUACAACAGAAUAUUCUGGAACAGCCUUUUCAUGGGCCCUGUGACCCCAGCACACACAGGGACGUACAGAUGUCGGGGUUCACACCCACACUCCCCCAGUGGGUGGUCGGCACCCAGCAACCCCCUGGUGAUCAUGGUCACAGGAGUCCACAGAAAACCUUCCCUCCUGGCCCUUCCAGGUCCCCUGGUGAAAUCAGAAGAGACAGUCAUCCUGCAAUGUUGGUCAGAUGUCAUGUUUGAGCACUUCCAUCUGCACAGAGAGGGGGAGUUUAACGACACUUUGUGCCUCAUUGGAGAGCACCAUGAUGGGGUCUCCAAGGCCAACUUCUCUAUCGGUCCCAUGCGGCAUGUCCUUGCAGGGACCUACAGAUGCUACAGUUCUGUUCCUCAUUCCCCCUAUCAGUUGUCAGCUCCCAGUGACCCUCUGGACAUCGUGAUUACAGGUCUAUGUGGGAAACCUUCUCUCUCAGCCCAGCCGGGCCCCACAGUUCAGGCAGGAGAGAGCGUGACCUUGUCCUGCAGCUCCCGGAGCUCCUAUGACAUCUACCAUCUAUCCAGGGAGGGGGAGGCUCAUGAACUUAGGCUCCCUGCAGUGCCCAAGGUCAAUGGAACCUUCCAGGCCAACUUUCCUCUGGGCCCUGCCACCCACGGAGGGACCUACAGAUGCUUCGGCUCUUUCCGUGACUCUCCCUAUGAGUGGUCAGACCUUAGUGACCCACUGCUUGUUUCUGUCACAGGUCUAUAUGAGAAACCUUUGCUCACAGCCUGGCGGGGCCCCACAGUUCGCGCAGGAGAGAACGUGACCUUGUCCUGCAGCUCCCGGAGCUCCUUUGACAUCUACUAUCUAUCCAGGGAGGGGGAGGCCCAUGAACUUAGGCUCCCUGCAGUGCCCAGCGUCAAUGGAACAUUCCAGGCCGACUUCCCUCUGGGUCCUGCCACCCACGGAGGGACCUACAGAUGCUUCGGCUCUUUCCGUGGAUCUCCCUACGAGUGGUCAAACUCAAGUGACCCACUGCUUGUUUCUGUCACAGGAAACCCUUCCAGUAGCUGGCCUUCACCCACUGAACUAAGCUUCAAAACUGAGAGAACGUUUUACCAUGUUGCCCAGGAUCUCAAACUCCCAACCUUAAGGGAUCCGCCCGUCUCAGCCUCCCAAAGUAUCGCCAGACACCUGGAUGCUGUGAUUAGGACCUCAGUGGCCAUCAUCCUCUUCACCAUCCUCCUCUUCUUUCUCCUUCAUCGCUGGUGCUCCAAAAAAAAAAAUGCUGCUGUAAUGAACCAAGAGCCUGCGGGACACAGAACAGUGAACAGGGAGGACUCUGAUGAACAAGACCCUCAGGAGGUGACAUGCGCAAAGUUGGAUCACUGCGUUUUCACACGAAAAAUCACUCGCCCUUCUCAGAGGCCCAAGACACCCCCAACAGAUACCAGCAUGUACAUAGAACUUCCAAAGGCUGAGCCCAGAGCGUUGUCUCCUGCCCAUGAGCACCACAGUCAGGCCUUGAUGGGAUCUUCUAGGGAGACAACAGCCCUGUCUCAAACCCAGCUUGCCAGCUCCAAUGUACCAGCAGCUGGAAUCUGAAGGCGUGAGUCUCCAUCUUAGAGCAUCGCUCUUCCUCACACCACAAAUCUGGUGCCUGUUUCUUGCUUACAAAUGUCUAAGGUCCCCACUGCCUGCUGCAGAGAAAACACACUCCUUUGCUUAGCCCACAAUUCUCUAUUUUACUCGACCCCUGCCCACCUCUCCAACCUAACUGGCUUACUUCCUAGUCCUACUUGAGGCUGCAAUCACACUGAGGAACUCACAAUUCCAAACAUACAAGAGGCUCCCUCUUAACACGGCACUUAGACACGUGCUGUUUCACCUUACUUGAUGCUGUUCCACCUUUCCUCAGACUAUUUUUCAGCCUUCUGUCAUCAGUAAACUUACAAAAUUUUUUUAUGAUUUCAAUGUAGUUCUCUCCUCUUCAAAUAAACAUGUCUGCCCUCA